AUGUCGAAUAUAUCCUUUCUUCCGAGACAGCUACUGCCUGUUGAAAAUGGGUCCGGGGACUUGAAGAUUAUGACAUAUAACACGCUUGCUCAAUCGUUGAUCCGUAGAUCCCGGUAUCCUACCAAUGGUAAUGCGGUAAAAUGGGGUCCUCGGAGUAAAGCCCUUGAAGAACAGAUCAAGGCGUACUCCCCAGAUAUUUUAGCUCUCCAAGAAGUCGAUUCUGCAUCUCUCAGCUUUUGGAACGCCAUAAUGGAGUCAAUGGGACUGGACGGAUGCUUUUACUGCUCUCCGGGAAAACGGCACGGACUCUAUCUAGCAUGGCGUAAGUCUUUAUAUCAACAGCAUGGAAAACGAACAGUUACCUAUGAUCGAUCAAAAUUACAGAUCCCGCGACAAGUGGAUACAGGUAAUGUUGGUCUUUUGGUCAGUUUGAAAUCAACUUCAAGCAAUGCUGCAUUACCACCUCUGGUUCUGGCAACCACCCACCUCUAUUGGCACCCUAUGGCGAGCUUUGAAAGGGCCCGCCAGCUUCAUGGGUUAUUCGAGGCGACCCAACAAUUCGCAAAAGAGGUAGAUGGAGCCCCCAAACUAGUGGUGCUCGGUGAUUUCAACUUUGAACCGUUCGAUCCCCCGUACCUUCUUGCCAGAGGCCUGCAUCUCAAUGAUCGAGCUACCGAAAUUCUGCAGAAAAGCACUACGCACUCGGAUUUUGGUGCUGCGCCGCCGAUCAAUUUACCAGAGCAGCCAGAAGUACAUGUAAAUGCUAGGCCUCCUGUACCUACGCUCCUAGACCUUGAAAAUCAAUCUGCAUUGGAGAUCCUGCAGACAGCCUAUGCAGCCUUGAACGUUCAGGUCGUCAGCGCCUAUGGCAGGUAUCAUGAGGUACAUCCGGAAAACUCAGGAGCCAAUGGAGAGCCACGGUACACGAAUUGGGCAGAUGACUUCCAGGGAACACUGGACUAUAUUUUCUUUCUGAAAUGGAAGCAUGAACCGGUGGAAAAAGAUCCGGUUAUCAUUCACGAGCUGUUGAGAAUUCCUGAAGAGGCUGAGCUUGGGCCAAUGCCCAAUUCCUUGCCCCGAAGAGCAUUGAACCCCAGCGAUCACUUUGCCUUGUUAGCUAGCGUAUCGUGGAACUGA